GAGUGGACCAUGAAGGCUUCCAUGUCUUCAUUUUGUUCAUGUCUGAGUUGAAAAAGAAGAAUAUGCUAUAUAAUGCUAUAUUCUUAUCCUACACUGAACACAUACAGUACAUCUUCACAUUAAUAGAGACCUUUUACCCACAUGUCAACUUGAUAACUCAAUGUACCGACAUCGAUUAGGCAAAGAUUACCAUGACCUUUUAAAUCAGCUUGCAUCAGCUUUUAUUAUUCCUGGCCUUGGCGGACCCUAUGAUUUCAAAUGGCUGACAACCUUGGUCAUAUGGUUUUUAUUACAUGCAUGCUCAGCAGAAAGGUCCAAAUAUCUCACAAAUACAGCAUUAGUGCUUAGUUCCCUAAACGCAAAAGAUGCAACAUCAUUACAAAUACAAGUAUAGGUAAAUAUCAUUAUUAUUAUUAUUAUUAUAAGUGUGUGAUUUGCCAUGUGCAGUAGUGUUUUUUUUACAUAUGUUGAAAGGUCACUCUGAGGAAACAGGAUACAGGAUUCAUCCGGCAGUGUACAGAAUUAUCUUAUCUUAUCUUUAUUAGCAUAAUAUAGCUAUACUAUAUAACGGUGCAGGUUUCUAACAGCACCACAUUCAUGCUUACCGUCUGAACACUUUUGUUCUCAUCAAGAUGAAGUCAGGGUUGAUAUUGGUUGCUUGCAUUCUUUUGGGUGCAGAAAGCAGGCCUUUAGGCCAGGGUGGGAGAAAAGGCGGCUUCAACAAGCUGUUGCUCAUUUCCUUUGAUGGCUUCAGAUGGGAUUAUGACCAGGAUGUGGAGACACCUCAUUUUGAUGAUUUGGUUAAGGAAGGGGUGAAGGCAAAAUACAUCACUCCACCAAUGAUCACCAUGACAUCUCCCUCACACUUCACCACCAUCACUGGCCGAUGGAUUGAGGAUCAUGGAGUGGUUCAUAACAUGCUGUUUAACGCAACGACACUCCUAAAGAUCACCCAUAAGAAGACAAUGACGCGGUCGGAGUGGUGGGACAAUGGACCCCUGCCUCUGUGGAUCACAGCUCAGAAUCAGGGACUUAAAACAGCAUCUUUCUACUAUCCUGGGGGUGGUGUCAAGUACAGUGGACAAGCAGUGGACCGAGCAUUCGUUGAAUCCUACGGUCAGCCAGAUGACAACGAGACAGAGUGGCGUCAGAACAUAGACGCAGUCAUGGGCUGGUACACUAAGGAGGACUUUGACUUUGUGACUCUGUACUUUGGGGAGCCUGAUAAUGUGGGACAUGCAAAGGGUCCAGACACUGCAGACAGAAAGAACAUUAUUAAAAUGAUCGACCGCACGCUGGGUUACCUCAGAGAGGCCAUGGCCAAGCAUCACCUGACAGACUCUCUCAAUGUCAUCAUCACAUCUGACCAUGGCAUGACCACAAUGAAGAACCAGAAUCUUGAUCCAAGUAUUGACGAGAUCGUAAUCUCAAAAUAUAUGAGCAUCCUGGGGCUAGUACACUUUGAACUGCUUGAUUAUGGUGGCUUUGCAAUGAUAAGACCAAGACCAGGCAAAACGCAAGAGGUUUAUGAUCUGCUGAACAAUGCCCAUCCCAAUCUGACAGUGUACAAGAAAGAAGAGGUUCCUGCAAACUUUCACAUAGCCAAAAAUGACAGAAUCCAGGACCUUGUUCUUGUGGGAGAUUUAGGUUACAACUUGAAUUCAAGAAUUCCCUUGCAUGUGAACAAAGGAGAUCAUGGCUUUCAUAAUCAGGAAAUGGACAUGAAGAUGAUCUUUCGAGCUUUUGGACCAGAUUUCAAGAAAAAUUACUUGGCUGAACCAUUUGACAGUGUGCACACCUAUGCCCUCAUGUGCAAGUUAAUGGGCGUGGCUCCAGCCCCAAACAACGGCUCUCUGGUCCACACCGAGGGGAUGCUGGUGGAUGACUUUAAUGUUAUUCAUCCAACACCCGGCCCAGUGGUCCCCACUACUCCGACCCCUCCAGGUGGACAUGGAGAGAAGAAUCAGAUGUCACUUGUUCUACUAAUUGUGUUGAUCUUAACAAUGUCCUGUUUAAUAUAAACAAUAAUAGGAGGACCUCUGAAACAACUGAAAAAUAUAAUGGUUAGACAAAUCAACAUUUGUGUAUUGACCCAUGAUUUAAGAUUGAUAUUAAAUAUCUAUACUAUUAUUAAACAUGAUAUUUAAUAAUACAACCACAAUAUUAUUGAACAUAAUAUUAUAUAAUGCUUUGUCAGAAUACUGUAAAAUUGUUGUAUGUAGAAUGUCAGGGUAUUAUGAGAGGAAACAUGCUUUAAAUGUUAACCACGGGCACACACAAGCAUUACCACAAAUCUAUAAAGAGAGUGAUUGAACAGAAAGAGUGGACAAAUAUUAUUUUAUUAUUAAGUUAAUUAAUAUGGUAAGGAGACACUGUAUGUAUCUUUCAAAUAACAACUCACAUCAACACUCAACAAUCACAUUUCAACCCUUACUUUCCAGCUUAGAACAGACUGUUUUUUUAGUUUGUAUUUGUUCUUUUCUACUAUGUUUAUUUGCUAUUAUCUAUUGUUAACCAUACUUAUUUAAAUAACUAUU